UUGACGUGCAAUUUAUCGAAAACAUGUGCACACGUUGACACGGCUCGAAAUAAUUUAAAUAAUUUCACAAUGACGGACGAAGUGCGACCUGAAGUAAUAAAAAAAACGCAGGAUUUGUUGGGAAAAUAUUUUAAAAAACCACCGUUGACCGAAAAAUUGCUUCGAAAACCCCCAUUCCGUUUUCUGCACGAUAUAAUAACGGCUGUUAUUAAAGAGACAGGUUUCUUGGAAGGAUUGUUCACGGAGGAGGAAUUGAUUUCGGAUAAUAUAAAAAAUAAAGAAGCAAAGCUUGCCUUCUUGACGAAACUGAUCGAUGUUAUGAAAUUAAUUUCAAGCGCUAAUUUAACUGUUCGGGCAAGUAAAAUUAUCUCUGGUCAAGAACCGACUAAGACAAAUGAAUUGCUACAAGCUAUUGGAAAAGCUCUCGAUAAGAAAGUCAGCAGUGCGGAAGCAAUUGAGCAUUAUAAGAAGAGCUUGGAAAAGAAAACGAAAGUAGGAUCAAAAUCAAAAUCCACGAAGAAAGAGGAAGUUGCGAAGACAGCGACACAUCAGGUCUCACAAGCAAGAAAGUCAUCGGAAAGAGACAAGAUCUCAGCAGAGAGAAAGAAGAGAUCAUCUAGCACGGGGAAAGCAGCUUCGAACGAAAAAAAACGUAAUGACAAAACUGACGAACACGCAAAAAAAAAAGAAAUUAACAAAAAGGAAGAAACUUCGAAGAAUGUUGAAACAAUAGAUAUCCCACCAGCUGAGCCAGUUGAGGAUAAGAUUUCGACCUCAGGGCAAAGAAAAAAAUCGUCUUCGUCUGCUAAAUCAGAACAAAAUGCGAUUGCAAGCGAAUCAACAAAGGAGAAACACAGAAACUCUUCCAGUAAAGCGAGACACUCAGCGCAAUCGAGUGGCUCGAAGGAGAAAUUAGCAAACUUACGUUCGGAAACUGCGUCUUUUAACGACGAGGAGAAAAAUAAAUCAGCAACAGAUAAUAAAGAAACUAAGGAAAGCGGAAUAUCGGAAGAAGAGCAAGCGCGGGAAAAUAAUGUUGAGAAAAGCGAUCAGCCGGUGUCAGAAUCUCAAGCCGAAACUAGCGAAACAACCAUUUUGCAAUCAAACGCAAGACCUAAAACUUCUCUGAGACCGCCAAGCGCUCGACCUAUCAGUGCCAGACCCGCAGCUCCUAGAAUGAGAGCUAAGAUCGACAUGAUUGUCAAUGAGGAGAUACAAACUCCGGUGGGAAAUAUCAGCGUUAUUGUGGAAAAUCCUGAUUUAAAGGAUGACGACGAUGCUGAAGAUAUGGUGGUGAUGGAAGCUAAAGGGAAUAGUGGUGAUUUUUUGGAGAACGGAGAUUACAAGAUAGACAAUCAGCUGAUGCAAGAACACGGACACCUUGUGGCGCAAAUCUUGGAAACUCAAAGGGAAUUGGUUAACACCGAUAAUGUCGAUGUUCUGCCGAAAAAAGUAGAUAUUGCAUGGGAAUCAGGUUCGAAACGGGAUCGAGAAGCAGCGGCUAGGGAAAUUGACAAGCUACGCGGAACAAUACAGUCGUUAACGCGUACAACUAAUCCUUUAGGAAAAUUGUUGGAUUAUGUACAGGAAGAUGUAGAAAUGAUGCAAAAAGAAAUAUUGGACUGGAGAAGUCAGUAUCGUCAGUUGACUGAAGAACUGGAAGUGGAAGAAAGAGAAACACAAGAAAUGAUAGAGCCUAUGAAAGAGACACUAAAAGAGAUUGACAGCAAUAUAAAGAUUGAGUUGGAUAAGAUAGGUCAAGUAAAAGCGCAAAUAACGAAAAAUGAUCAAAAGCUACGGCGUUUGCUCAGUGGUAAUAUGUAACAUAUCGCUGUAUCGUGUUAGCGGAUUGUAUAGUUUUCUAGUCUUGAAAAUGAGUUAAAAAUAGAGCUAGAACUAUAGAAUUGUAAAUUAAUUCUUUUUUUUACAAAUGUACAUAUCAUAUAUAUG